AUGCCUUCAUCUGCAAUCUCUGCAAGUCCUCCUCGCGCCGCCGCUGCGAAAUACGCCACGCCGAUGGGAACUCGCUGGGCGAAGGAAAAGGCCCAAGCAGGCGGAAGCCACGCCUUCGACCUCCCUACAGACCCGUCUCGUAUUGGCCCAUGGAUCCUAGGCGAGUGCAUUGGAAAAGGCGCGUCCGGGCGGGUUAAACUUGCCAAGCAUUACGUUACGGGCGAGCUCGCGGCCGUCAAAAUUCUCCCUGUAGCGCCUUUGCUCAACUCGCGGACGUCCUUGACUACGGCACAAGCUAAGCACGACAAGCAACGCCUUGGAAUCGACAGGGAAAUCACGAUGAUGAAGCUCAUGAACCACCCGAACAUCAUGCGCAUAUACGACGUUUACGAAGGCGAGAAGGAGCUUUAUCUUGUCCUGGAAUAUGUCGAAGGCGGUGAGCUGUUUGACUUCUUGGUUAAUCGUGGUCGUCUCCCCCCUGUGGAGGCCCUGGUCUACUUCAAACAAAUUAUCUAUGGGCUCAACUAUGCGCAUACAUUUUCUAUCAUCCAUCGGGACCUCAAGCCUGAAAAUAUCCUGAUCCACACUCUAAACCCACCUCUCGUCAAGAUCGCUGACUGGGGAAUGGCCGCCUUCGCUCCUCCUUCCCUUCAACUGGAAACGUCUUGCGGAAGUCCCCAUUAUGCGAGCCCGGAGAUUGUAAAUGGCGAGAAGUACGAAGGAACCGCUACCGAUAUCUGGAGCUGUGGUGUCAUCCUCUUUGCAUUACUCACUGGAAGGCUGCCCUUCGAUGACAAGAAUGUCCGCCACCUAUUGAAUAAGGUCCGGAUGGGGAAGUACGAAAUGCCUGCAUGGAUUGAUCCCCUUGCGAGGGACUUAAUAUCAAGAAUGCUUGUGGUGGACGUGAACACUCGCAUCACCAUUCCGGAAAUCCUCAAGCAUCCAUGGCUACUUUCCGCGAGUACCUCACCAUCUUCGUCUCUUUCCCAGGCGGUCAUUCUAAAAAAUCCGCCACUACCUCCCUCUCCAUCGACGUUGGCGACACCCCUUUCAUCGCCAGGCCAUGUCGAUCCCGAGCUCCUGGCAUCGCUGCUCGUCAUCUGGGGCCGACACGCUGGCGAGUCCGGAGAAUGCAUCAUCCACGAUCUUUGCAGCCCCGCAGGCGAAGGAACCUUGGCUAAAGCCUUUUAUUUUUUGUUGGGAAAGUACCGCGAUGGCGUCCUAGCUGAACAGCGACGUGCAGAAGGCGAUAUGCAGAAGUUUCGCCAAGAAUGCGAGAGUGCAUUUGGGCCUGCAAGCCGCGGCGAGGGUCCGGCGAUAAGGCCGUACAUCAAAAGGGCAUCGACGAUGCGAACAGGUCGUGAACAUGCUUACUCUGACCAACUGCAGCCACGGCCCGCCUUCCACAAUCGCGUCAGUUCACCGACACCUGUGCGUGCCGCGAACGGUGGCCAUAUCCUUCUUAUCCCGCCUCAAAUGACUCGGGCUACUGCGUCCUCAAGAUCAUCGUCCAGAGACAGGCCCCCUUCCCCCAUUGGCCCUCGCCAACCCGGACGGCCUGUUUCGAGCCAGCCUAAUUCUGGAAGCGCGGCCGCUGCAUACACGAGCUCGGUCGGCGCCCACAUCGUUAGGCCCUCCUCUCGUCCUUCGGGGCCUCGCAGGGGAAACACCUACUCUUACCACCCUCGGCCUGAAACCUCUGCUGGAUUCGUACUCGAGCAACCCUCCCAUACCACCAAGGAUCCAGUGCGCAUUAGGUCUCGUUCUCAUACUACUGCUCCGCACCCGACCACAGACGUCACUAUGGCAUCUCCCACAGCGGAACUGCAACGUAUAGUACCACCACGAUCGUCGAAUGCUCACCUUCAAAGUGUUAUGGAUGAAAUCUCUCAACAACUCAAUAAUUUCGCGCAAGACUGUCAACAAGGCAUUGAAAACGCUCAGGCCAAUCCGCGCCGACGCGAAGCGACCACCACCACGAACCGUCAGGACAAGGAAAACGACACUCGUAAAGCCGAAGUGCAGGGUGGUAGAGGAAAAGGUCUUGGCCUUGGUGGAAAAGAAAUAGGAAAUAUCAUUUAUUCCGGCGUAGAGGAGACUAAGGGAAAGGCCUCGAAGACAAGACCCCCAGCGUUGGACUUCUCGGCGCAGAAGAAAACGGUGGACACUUGCCUCGAAUCACCCAUCAUCCUAUCAGCCCCUCUUCAAAAUAGCAGCGAUGAAAUUCAUCUCAACGAUCGCCGCACUUCUAAGGAUGCGCGAGCAACCCGCAUGUCAGCCCACGGCCCCUCGGCUCGACUGAUGACGGUUACUUCGCCUGUCGUAGGAGAGUUCAAGGGUUGGUUCUCCAACCUCUUUAACUGGAAGACGGGACAUCCACAUGCCAGGUCGUUGGAUUAUUUCGGCAAUGCAAACGGUGGCGCAGAGGCUUUGUUUUCUCCGCUGGACGUCGUUCCAACAAGAGUCGAGCUGGAAAGAUAUCUGGAGGACGAGCUAGGUGUUUAUGUGGACGGUAUGAGUAACAAGGCUGGAGGCAUCUCCAGCCAAGGUCCUGCGAGGGUUCAAUCAAGCGCAGAUCCGGACAGCUGGAGGGUCCUUCGUUGCAAAGUGGAAGAAGGCUCGGCCAGGAGCAAGGCCUUGGGGUUGAAGCCUGUUCGUUUCCGAGUGGAAUUUAGCUCGCUUAGAGGAAAUCGGCCUAUCACUGAGGAGCGCCGCUCCUCUCUCCUUCUCUCCCCGGAUUUGCUGGGGACUCCGAAGGCUAGGAUGUCGAGCCAAUCGGGGUCUGAUUUCCUAUCAGAAUCUACAAGCGCAUCGACCCAUCUUACUGUUAUGGUGCUCAUCCAGGAGAAAGGAUCUGGAUCGUCGUUCAGCGCUAUCUGGCGACUUCUGAGGGAAAGGUACCCGCCCCAAAUGAAGACAUCGAGGACUGUUGGACCGGGACAUUACGCGACGGCCGUCGACAACUCUGAGUGCGUCAGGUUCUAA